UUAAAUUAUUUGUAUGUGCAAAGGAAUGUACAAUUUAGCUGUAUGUUAAUUACAAUAAUCCAGCUACGUUAUGUGUAAUGUUGUUUUAUUAGUUGACAGAUUUGCUUUUGAAGGCAUAUCCAAGACUUGGAAGUAUCUGUGGUGGCUGGAUGCUGCAUAAGUCUACAGGUGUUUUGGGGCUUCAAAUGUUGUUUUUACCUACAGCAUUCUCCUAAACCUCCUUAUGGUUACUGUAGAUGUUUUUCCAUUUCCAGGCGGGGGUGGGCAGCGCAGAUUAGUUGCUAUUCCUCCUGAUUUAGAUGGAUACAAUGGUCAGCAGCUGAAAGGAGUUAGCGGAAAUGGAAAGUACACACUCUACAUAGCUCCUUUACAAGAAGAAAUUGACAAGACUCCAUUACCACCAGAAGCCAAAGAGUUUGAAAACAUGCCCAAGGCCCCAAGCAGCACCUGCAGAAAGAUGUUUCCACUUCAGAUUCUUCCUGUGCACAUCAAAAGCUGCAAGGAGAAUAUAGACCUGUGUACUUCAUCUGAGAAUGAAAACGACAUGUGGGAAUGUACGCUUCCAGUGUGCUCCGAAAAACAGGAAGAGACUGCCGAGUGUCCAGUGUGCAGAAAAACAUUCGACAUUGAUGUCAUUGAAAGUCACGCAUCAGACUGUGGAUUACGAAGUAUGUAUCCUGAGAACAACGUGCCAACUGAAGCAAUACAUUCCUUUCAAAGCUCAGUGGACGUUUUGAAUUGGAUCCAGUGUCAAGUGGAGGAGGGCAGCACGUUUUACCUGUGCGUGUCUAGAAGUGACAUCUUCAAAAGAGGAAUGCAACAGUGGCAACGGCAGAAAAAAUCCUCACCUAAAAGCCGAUUGAAGGUUUCAUUUAUUGGGGAAGUAGGCAUAGACUCUGGCGCUCUCAGUAAGGAAUUUCUAACAGGUCUGCAGGAGAAAUUAUAGCUGCUAGUCUGGCGCAGGGUGGACCUCUCCCCAACUUCUUACGCGAGUGGUGCUUCAGGUACUCUGAGAUUCAGAUGCCAUACAAGUGUCAAGCAGUGAUGUCACAGAUGCAGAGUUGUCACAGCUUAUCCUGAAGAUAAACACCGCCACUGAGGAAAAUAUCAACGACCUUAGCGAUGAUAUUGUAAGCUGUGGAUACACUGGAAAGGUGUCUGUAGAA